AUGCUGAAUUUGGACAAACUCGACAAUAGUAUUCGUAUGUCAUACGUAAAGUAUGGUAUCGAAAUUCAUACAAUACAUGAUACUGUAGACAAGGUCUAUAGUGCCUAUAUGCAAGUCGACGGUCGAGUAUUUUUAAAAGAAUUCUGUUCUGAUGAUUAUAUAAAUUUUGACAAUGCCUGCCAAUGUUUUUCAAUAAAUAUUCCUGGAUUUGCUGAAAGAUCGGCUGAAGUCAUUAAUCAACUUGAUGCAUUUCUUCAAGCUAAAUCAACAUAUAAUGCACAAAAUAAUGGUAACGGAGUUCAAUAUCAUGCACGUUCCUAUCAUCAUCAGCCUCAUUAUCAACAACACAAUCGGGAACAGUAA